GUCACCAGGAGCGCUACAUUGUUUCGGAGGCGGUGAGUGGCCGUUGGUCUCGAGCGCACUUUCUCCGACUCGCCAAGUGAGAGGGCUGCGGUAAAAGAGCAGUAAAGUACGCGGCCUGUGGAGGACGCUGUGAAGAGCACGCGCACGCGCACGAGCAGCAGCGCCGGCCUCUCGCUGAGUGAACCGAACUCGGCAGAGCUCAUCAACCUAAUUUGCACCGUGUGGCGAGAGCAGUUCUGGUGACUAAUUUAAAUAUAGUCUCGUGGUCGAAGAGAAGCGCAUCAUCUAGACCCUUCGUUGCUAUGAUGCAGGACCUUAUUUGAGAUUAUCCGAUCAACAUGGGCAAGCAGAACAGCAAGCUCCGCCCAGAGGUGAUGCAGGACCUGCUGGAAAGCACGGACUUCACCGAGCACGAAAUCCAGGAGUGGUACAAGGGCUUCCUGCGAGACUGCCCCAGCGGCCACCUCUCCAUGGAGGAGUUCAAGAAGAUCUACGGUAACUUCUUCCCCUACGGCGACGCCUCCAAAUUCGCCGAGCACGUGUUCCGCACCUUCGACGCCAACGGUGACGGGACGAUAGAUUUCCGGGAGUUCAUCAUCGCGCUGAGCGUCACUUCGCGCGGUAAACUGGAGCAGAAGUUGAAGUGGGCCUUCAGCAUGUACGACCUGGAUGGCAACGGCUAUAUCAGCAAGGCUGAGAUGCUGGAGAUCGUGCAGGCCAUCUACAAGAUGGUGUCCUCCGUGAUGAAGAUGCCCGAGGACGAGUCCACCCCCGAGAAGCGGACGGAGAAGAUCUUCCGGCAAAUGGACACCAACCGUGACGGCAAGCUGUCCUUGGAGGAGUUUAUCAAAGGCGCGAAGAGUGACCCCUCCAUCGUGCGCCUGCUGCAGUGUGACCCCAGCAGUGCCGGCCAGUUCUAGUGCUUGCUUUGGUUGACUGACCCAACAUGAUGCGUUGGGUGUUUACCGGAAUCUCAACGACCCUCCACCCCUCAUUCCCUCAUUCCCACAUUCCCCUACCCCACCCCACUCCCCCUCCGCUGCGGAGCAACUGACGGAGAAGGACAUUCACUCGAGCGCCGAGUACAAGUGCACGUUGAGCGAGCUUCCUGGAAAAUCCUCUCUAGCUCAGCGAAGACCGAACAGGGAUCACAGUCAUAACAACAGGAGCCCAAGACCACACUCACAAAAGACCCCCGAGUUUCCCGCACUGUAGUUGUUACUGCCCCACAGUAACAACUGGCACCACAAGCUGUCUCUUUCUGCUUUUCUCUCUCUCUCUCUCUCUCUCUCUCUCUCUCUCUCUCUCUCUCUCUCUCUCUCUCUCUCACACACACAGAUUCCUGCUUUAUUGCAUGAUGCGUUUUAUUUUGGUGCAGAGAUGUGUAAAGUGUCCUGCAGAAAGAUUGACUGUCAUUUCUUUCAGUUCUUUUCCCCCCAUCUGUUGGCUCACCGUAGAGAUUACACACCACUCUCCAUUCAUACACUUGCCAGGAUUUUUAGAAAUAAUUGAACUGUUAGAAACGAAGGACCAUGUAUUUUGCUGUGCAUUUUUUAUUCUAAUACACCCUUUUUAACUUGGGGGAACAUCUUCUGCAAUGACGCAACAGCCACAAAAACCACAAGAUUCCAGUGUGUACUUGUACUUGAAUACGGUAGAAGUCAGUACUGUUAGCAGCUGUACACAUCUGUCAUCGAUCCUUACCGAAUCGUCAUUGUACAGCCCAGUUUCAGCCGUUUUUAGGACGGCAGUAAUACGACGUGCGUGUUUUCGUGCCACUUUACUCCAGGUAAAAGCACAAAACAAGGUAUUUUGUCAGUCGGUGUCAGGGGGGAGCGCCGAGGGAAGUGCGUGUACGUUUUGGGCUAGGAGAUGGUGUAGUUUUGGAAAGCGCUCAAUUUAACUUAGUUUCUUCUCAAGUCGCGCUGAGGUUGUCGUCGCUGUUCAGAGAGCUACGGUGGGAUUUCGUCGAGCAUGCCGACUUGUUUUCUAUAUCUAGUCCAGGUGAACCUUUCUGCGUAAAGCAGGGAGAAAAAACAUGUACAUCCGGUUUUAAAUGUUUUAAGUGGUGCAUGUGAAGCAAGUUCUUGGUGUACUUUUUUCUUUUUCUUUUUUUUUUUUUUUCUUGUAGUUAUUGCAGUGUGUGGCGGGCCCUGUGUGUUUGUGCCGUUGUGUACGCUCGUGUCGUCUGUGUGAGCUGCCCCAGUGCACACCUCGGUGGCCACCACCCGCCAGGGGCGGAGCCUCUAGCAAGACCACCUGCUGGCAAAGGCAAGGAACUACAUAUCCCAGAGUUCCUAGCGGUCAGCCACUUAGAGAGAUGGCGCAUCACCUGACGACCCCCCCCCUCCAAAGAAGGGAGAGGCCUGUCGCUAGCCGGAGCGUGCAUCGCUUUUGUUCACACGUGUGCCUCGAGCAUGGCUGCUGCUGACAUUCUGUGCUUGUUGGACAUCGGUGAUAGUCAAACACGGAAACCAACUGGGAUUUGGGGCCGAGGAACUUCGCCACCCCCACCACACCACACCACCACCCUUCUCCCACCCACUAAAAUCUCCCCCCAGAUUCUCACUCCUCCUUGGUUCCUCCCACUGACCCCAGGGGGCUGGGAGAGGUUAUAGAAUUUUAGAAAUGGACAGAAAAGUUGCAUCGUUUUGUCUGAAUGUAGCUGAGGCUCCGAGGCCCGGGUCCCAUGGUUUCGGCUACUGCCAUAGCGUCGAUCGGACAAAUCUGAAUGUUUUUCUCUUUUUUUUUUUUUUUUUUUUUUUUUUUUUGGAAUAACUGCUGUUUUGUAUUGAGAAAAUUUAAACAAAGAAACAUUUGAAAACGAAAGAUGACAACUAUUUCAAA